GAUUCAGAUCGUGCAGCAGCGGUAGAGGGAGGGAGAGAGAGAGAGAGAGGGGAGGGGAAAAGUUGGACACGCACAAUCUUGCACAAAGUUUUUUUUUUGUUCCCUUCUCCUUUUCUUUCUUCGUGGAAGAAGCCUCAAGAAAUAACAGUCAAGGUGACCAAACAACCCCUACACUGGAUUACAUGUGAUUGAGUUUUCCUUGGAUACAUACACGAGUUUUGUUUUAAGGAUUAAUGUGGUCGCAAAUUUGUGGAUUUAUCCGGAGUUGAAGCUGUUGGCUGAGGUGAGACGUCUACGAAGGAGUGAAACCAUGUGGCUUCUCUACUCCUCUCUGACUCUGCUGGCCCUCAGCUUCACAUCAUGUGACACACUGACGUCGGAGCAAGAUGAACAAUGCCCGUCCUUACAAGUGGAUGAGUGGAAGUUUCAGCAGACGACCAGGCACAACAUCACUGGUUUUAAUCUGGUGAGGCAGUUCUCCCUGCUCAAGAGUCCAGAUGUCAAGAAGAUCCGCAACCAACGAGGAACCGUCAUCCUUCGCCUGGGCAAGACAGCACUCCUACGCCCCACCGAUCAGGUGUUUCCACAUGGCCUACCUGAGGAGUUCACCUUGAUCUUCACCCUGGCUUUAAAGAAGGCUGCCCUGAGGGACACCGCCUACCUCUUCCAGAUAUCUGAUCAGCAGGGAUACCCACAGCUCUCUGUAGACCUCAGUGGCCCAGAUGGCACCCUGUCCCUGCGAGCCAAAGGGCUAGACCCUGAUGCUGACCUGGUGAACUGCGUUUUCACUGGGGUGGGGGUGGAGGCCCUGAUGGACCUGCGCUGGCACAAGGUGGCCCUCAGCGUGCAACAAGGGGCUGCCACCCUCCACGUUGACUGCAGCUCCACUGAGACCAAACCCCUGGAGCCCCGUGGAACUCUGCCCUCUGAUGGACACACUCUGCUAGGCAUUCGGGCCUCUGAUGCUGGGCCUGUGCAGAUGGACAUUCAGCAGCUGAUGCUGUAUUGUGACCCAUCCCUUGCCCUGCAGGAGGCCUGCUGUGAGAUACCUGGAGCUCGGUGCCCUCCCGAUGCCCCCAAGAGCCGCCGUGCUGCGGAGAACGACCUGUUGGAAAACACAUUCAACCAGGGUGAUGACUGUUCUGGCACGCAUUCAGGUCCAUGCACAGAGGGACCCAAGGGCCAGAAGGGGGAGAAAGGCGAGGCGGCGACGCCUGCCAACUGGGGCGAAGCAGCUGGGUAUAAGGGAGAAAAGGGUCAGAAGGGAGAGAAUGGUCCACAGGGUCUCACAGGCACUCCAGGGAAGGACGGUCGAACAGGGUCCAUCUGCGUAGUCGGCCCCAAGGGACAGAAGGGUACCCCAGGUAUGGUGGGUCCAGAGGGGUUGGCUGGGGAACCAGGGAAGCCUGGACGCCCAGGCCCACCAGGAGUUGGCAAGCCAGGCCCACCAGGUCCUCCUGGUGAAUCAUUCGGUGUAAAAGGAGACACGGGAGACACUGGACCUCCAGGAGGGGAUGGGUUGCCAGGAGAUCCAGGACCAAGAGGACCAGCAGGGUCUAAGGGAGUGAAGGGUGACCCAUGUGAGGUCUGUCCUGUGCUGGCAACAGACAGCGGCAACACAGUGGCUCUGCAAGGGAAGCCUGGUCCGAAAGGAGAGCCCGGGUCACCGGGGACAGGAGAGAGUGGAGUGCCUGGGCCUCAAGGUGCAGAUGGCAAGGCGGGACAGAAGGGAGAACCAGGAUUGGAAGGCACAAAAGGAGAAAAGGGAGAGUCGUGUUCUAUGUGCCCCACUCUCGGAGAGUUACCCGCUAACCUCCUGCCAGGUGUCAUGACCCAAACCCUGCAACAGAAGGGAGAGAAGGGUGCGCCUGGCAUUGGACAGAAAGGAGAGAAAGGUGGUUCUGGCAGCAAAGGAGCUGAUGGUAAGCCGGGAAAACCUGGACCGAAGGGACCUGGUGGCAAAGAUGGACACAGUGGUGCAAAGGGAGAGCAAGGGCUGCCUGGUCUUGGUCUUCCUGGCCUAAAGGGUGAGAGGGGCGAGUGCGGUGUUUGUCAGCCAUCUGAGGUUGGCAGCGGGCCUGCCAUUAUCAAAAUGCCUGAUGGAACAAGAGACAAGCCAGGCGAACCGGGCCCUCAAGGGCCACCCGGACCUCCAGGUCUUGGAGCUGAUGGCAAACAGGGCCCACCAGGUCUUGCUGGUGCAAAAGGAGAUAAGGGUGAACAAGGAGACCAAGGAGAUAAUGGAUUGGAUGGAGCUCCCGGGGCCCCAGGACUGCCCGGAGAGUCUGGUCGGGAUGGAUUAUUGGGCUUGAAGGGGGAGAAGGGUGAUGCUUGUACCAGCUGUCCUUCUCUGGGCACGACAGUGGGUGAUGGUGUAGCUGUGCCAGGCCCAAAAGGAGAGAGAGGAGACAAUGGUCCCCCAGGAGAAGGGAAGCCUGGCAAGAAUGGAAAUCCAGGCUUACCAGGUGUGCAGGGGCCUGCCGGUCCCAAAGGAAGAAAGGGAGAAGCUGGAGUUGCAGGAGUCGGCCUUCCAGGACCUCAAGGUGAAGAGGGGCCAAGGGGGCUGCCAGGACUUGCUGGACCUCUUGGAGCCAUUGGAUGGCCUGGCCCCAUUGGUCCUGCAGGGGAAAAGGGCUCUAGAGGAGGUGUCGGGCUUCCAGGACCACAGGGCCCUGAGGGCGUUGGAGUAGAAGGGCCCCCGGGUAAAGAUGGAGUCCCUGGCUCUGAAGGAAUGCCAGGAGCUGAUGGCAGACCAGGACUUGAUGGAGCUAAGGGGGACAAGGGUGAACCUGGAGAGUGCAACUGCAUAAUGCCAGUGCACUCGGGUGUAGGCGGACCUGGAGCUCCAGGAACUGCAGUAAACACGUGGCAGCCCGGGCCUCAGGGCCUACCAGGACCUCCCGGCCCCCCCGGCCCCCCUGGGCCUCAGGGUGUUAUUGGAAUCCAAGGACCAGAGGGUAUCCCGGGAAACGACGGGAUACCGGGGAAACCGGGUGUGCCUGGAAACAUCAACCCCACUGGACCACACCAGCUUCCUCAAGACGACACUGGAGUAGAUGGUGAAGAAGACUGCGAAGGGGGCUGCUCCGGGGGGUUGCCAGGGGUGCCAGGCAUGGCUGGUGCCAAGGGUGAAAAAGGAGAUGAGGGCAAGCCUGGUGUAAACCCUUCGGACAGCUGUGACGGGUGUUUGGAGAGACUGCAGAGGGAGCAGCAGGCGACGCAAGCAGUGGGUGACCGCACAGGAUCACCUGGAGUUCCAGGAGUGCCAGGACCCCCUGGAAUAAAAGGAGAUCAAGGUGCACCAGGGGAGAGAGGCCAGGCCGGAACACCAGGACACAUGGGGCCUCCUGGUUUCCCAGGUCCUCAGGGCCCAACUGGUUCACCUGGUCAGCAGGGUGAGCGAGGGUCACCAGGCCUCGCAGGAUUGAAGGGCGAGCAGGGCCCUGCGGGGACAUCAGGCUACCCAGGAACCAUGGGACCGCCUGGACUGCCUGGACUGAAGGCUGAACGUGGGAGCCCAGGAAGCAGUGGUCAGAAAGGAGAAUCAGGUCCUCCUGGAAACCCCGGGUAUCAAGGACAGGCCGGCUCACCGGGCGUUAAAGGAGAAACAGGAGCAGCAGGACCUGCUGGUGCCAACGGGGAACCGGGUUUCCGAGGACAACCAGGCUUCCCAGGACCACCUGGUCCACCAGGUCCUGCAGGCAAGACUGGAAGGGAAGGCCAGUCUGGGCUCAAAGGUGAAAAAGGCAACGACGGUGCUCAAGGGUCUCAGGGAUCAACAGGACCCCCAGGCUCACCAGGCACCCCGGGACUGAUGGGCCCCCCCGGCAUUGAAGGAUUAGAUGGGAAAGACGGUAAAACAGGGCUGCGGGGAGAGAUGGGCCCUCCAGGCCCUGCAGGACCAAGAGGAAUCCCUGGAUUCAAAGGGAAAACUGGUCAUGGUGGCUUCCCUGGACAGAAGGGUGAGGCUGGACCAACAGGUCCCCCUGGACCUCAAGGCAGACCCGGGCAUGAGGGUGAUCCUGGUACCCCCGGAGUUCAGGGCCGACCUGGACCCCCUGGCCACCUUGGAUCUACAGGUCCAGCUGGACCUCCAGGACCUGCUGGUGCUUCAGGAGUGGGUAUAAAGGGAGAUAAGGGCCAGGAUGGUGAGAGGGGUCUUCCAGGGAUGGGGGGACCCCCAGGACCCCCCGGGCAUCCAGGGCCCAUGGGAGAGCCAGGCAACGAUGGUGCUGCUGGUAAAGAUGGAACGGCAGGCCUACCAGGGGACAAUGGGCAGCCGGGUCAAAAGGGUGAGCCAGGGGCCCCAGGCCAGAAGGGUCCUGCAGGGGAGAGAGGCAGACCGGGGCCUCCUGGUGGUGGGGGGUACCACUCCAAGGAUGCACAGCCCAUGAUUGGCCCAGUUGGACCCAGAGGGGAGAGAGGGAGCCCCGGCUCAGAGGGGACCCCCGGGCUCCCUGGACCUCAAGGUUCACCAGGAAAUGAUGCUGUAGUCAAUUAUGAUGAAAUCAAAAACUUCAUCCGCCAGCAGGUCAUCAAGAUCUUCGAUGAGAGAAUGGGCUACUACAUGUCUCGCAUGCAGAUGCCAGUAGAGAUGGUGUCAUCCCCGGGUCGGCCUGGACCCCCAGGGAAAGACGGGACUCCGGGUAGUCCCGGGUCCCAAGGCGCACCCGGCAAUCCAGGACAGAUCGGCAGACAAGGCCGAACAGGAUCCCAAGGACCCCCAGGACCCAGAGGACCGCAUGGAGAAAAAGGAGAUAAGGGUAUUGGAGAGAUGGGGGAUGUAGGACCUCCAGGAGCACCAGGUGUCCCAGGGCCACCUGGCUAUGGUAAGAUGGGAUCCCCAGGUCCUGUUGGCCAGCAGGGUGUUCCUGGAAUCCCAGGAAGUCCUGGUCAUCCUGGUUCAAAGGGAAAGGAUGGCCGGUGUAAUCCUGGCGACUGCAUGAGCCAUCAAGUAGAGUACACCCCCAAGGGCCCACCCAUGAAGGGCCCCUGGUAGAGGUGAAGGAGUAGAGGGGCAGGGGGAACUGAAGCAAAGAGACUACAGAUAAGACGAAAUGCCAAAGAUCAUGAUCCGAAGUUAUUGUAUUCGAUGAAAUAAAGGACCAGCCAUUGUUGUUGAGUUGUAUAAGCUCACACACACAGAUUUUCUACACUGUAGUUCUGAGCAAAAGUCCUUUAUUUCCUUCUAAAGGACCCAGUGGAACUGAGGUCUGCCACGAUACACCAGCAGCACAUUUUUAUUGCGUCGUCUAUUUUCUUGUGAAAGCCAAUUCAUUGCUUUAUUACUGCCUCUUAUUUUCUCACUCUGUUUCACUCCUUUUGUACAUUUCCAAACAACCCAAGGGAGGUGACAAGAAUCUCAAUCUCUUUUUUCUUCUCCUUGAUUAAUUCUGGCCUCUUUUUUCCCCCUAAAUCAGUAGGAAGAGAAUACACACAAUUAUUGUAGCACUUCGCUUCCUCCUCUCAUAUCUUUGUUCCUUUGUCACCGAAUCCCAUUUGGAUAGUAUCCCCUUCAUUUAAUUUCAUAUUCUGUCUCAGUGCCUGAGGUGUGAUACAUAUUUGCAAAUUUGACUUUUUGAGAAUAUCCCUAGAAAGGUUUUUCAUUUUUUAGAAACAGAAGUCACAAACUUCCAUUCCAUCCUCUUUGACUGUUUUGUAUAUAUUUAUAUUUAUAUAUAUAUAUGGUGGCUUUUGAUACUUUUAUCCAAGGAUUUAAUAAAAGGCAUACGCAUGGCUAAACACUCAUUUUUCAUUGUCAAUGGUUAUACGGCAACAAACUAAAAAUGCCACAGGGAUAUUUUUCUACGGUCUUUAAGCUUUCAAAAGGGAAUAAUCUGUUCAGUAAAAGACAAAUUAUUUAUGGGAGAAAAUUGCCUUGCAUAUUGGCUUUUGUAAUUAUUUUGUUCUAAUGCAUUUUGUUCAUUCUAAUCCCAGUCUUUGUGGAAGAGGAGCCAUUAUAAAGCAUCUCUUCUCAUUUUGUAUUCCAAAGUAGCUUUAAUCACAUCUGUCAGCUUCACCAGGCACUUAUUUAAGAAAACGGGAGCAGUAUUUGAGCCCAUUCACCCCAGGUACUGUAAUGCAACACAUUUAGUGUGGCCAGCAGAACCCCCGACAACCACACACAACGAUAAAGGAAAUGUUUGGAAAAGCAUGGAAAACUGCUUUUGUGUUGUUUAAAUGGUGCUGUAUUUUGAAUAUGUCAUUAAUAUUUCUACUGUUGUUCAAGUUUCAGUUUAAACUGCGAGCCGUGGUUUCUUUCAGAAGCCAACCCACGAGAAAUAAUCAAUGUAAAAAGUGGAUGACGCUUUUUCAAGGCGGCUUGUUGUGACCAUUGUCAAUCUGUGUAAUGUAUCAAACACCAUUGAGAGGCUGUUGUUCAUCCUCUGACAGUUAAAGAGACAAUGGGCCCCUGGGCACAGAGCAUGCACCCCUCCACAUUCAGACUUAAGUUACUUAGUUGCUUUGCCUCUUUGUAUUGUUUUAUGUAAUUUUUUGUUUCUUUAUGGUUGAUUUGUGUCUCUUUGGAGUCAGUCUGUAUCAUUAUGUGAUCUUUCGAGUCCCUUUUUGGUCAUCCUUGCCUCUUCAUGGUUGAUUGAUUGACUCCCCCAUAACACAUGUCUCUUCAAACAGAGGAUCUGGCCAAAGUGUCCACUGACUCCUUGUGCCGGUUCAGCAGUCUUUCUGUGUAGCCGUCAACUCUACCUGCGCAUCUGUUGCUUUACUGUCAUACUUACUUGUGCGUAUGUUGUUUAAUGAAACAUUUGAGAAACAAAAAAACUGAAUUUUGAAAGCA